GGAAACAAAAGGAAGUCGCUGGGCGGAGUGAUUCAUUUUUUUGCUGGAAAUUAGCAGUUUAUGUCGUGAAAUCAGUUUACAAAGCACACAUGCGUAUUGUAACGCAAGAAAAUAUUGUUAUUUACAUCUUCAUUCCCCUCUCCAGUGUUGUGUCUGUUUAGUUUUUUUUCAAAGAGCCUAGUUCCCUGUGUCAAUCAUGGUACAGGAGUACGACCACCUCUUCAAACUUCUCAUCAUUGGAGACAGUGGUGUUGGAAAGAGUUCAUUGCUCUUGAGGUUUGCUGACAAUACCUUCUCAGGCAGUUACAUCACAACAAUCGGGGUAGAUUUCAAAAUUCGAACAAUUGACAUAGAAGGAGAAAAAGUGAAAUUACAAAUAUGGGAUACGGCUGGUCAAGAAAGGUUUCGAACCAUUACUUCAACCUACUAUCGUGGCACUCAUGGUGUCAUUGUAGUUUAUGAUGUCACAAACGGUGACUCAUUUGCCAAUGUGAAGAGGUGGCUCCAUGAAAUUGAGCAGAAUUGUGAGGUUGUGAACAGGAUAUUAGUUGGUAAUAAAAAUGAUGCCCCUGAUAGGAAAGUGGUUCUUACUGAAGACGCUCAGAGGUUUGCAGAUCAGAUGAAUAUUCAGUUGUUUGAAACAAGUGCGAAGGAUAAUAUCAACGUUGAAGAGAUGUUUAUGGCAAUCACAAAGCAAGUGCUGAGGGCAAAACAAGAAACCAAAGAGAAACAAGCUGACCAGGGAACUGUGAACAUUCGCAAACCACCAUCCAAGAAAAAAAAUAAGUGCUGUCAAUAACUUCUUUAUGAAGCAUUUUGUGUUAUAUGAGCUGCGAGUUUGGCCACUUCAUGAAUGUUUUGAAAUUCUAUAGAAUGAAUGGAAGUACCUCCCCUUGUGAGUACUCAUUACUAUCAGUUGUAGUAUGUUUGGCUGUUUCUAAGAUUUCAUCAAGUACCAACUUUGUUGAACAAAUGGCUGAAGAAAUGUAGGCUGCUGUAUGAUAGUACAAGCAGAGUGGAUCAUCUGUGAUGUCAUGGAAUCGAACAUUUCAGCUUUAUUUGGUUGGCACUUGACCAUAAAAAAAAUUUAGUUGAUUUUGAAGUGAUGUGCUUUGUUCCUUGAGUUUGUGUGCACACGCACAACUUUCCUACAUGUUCUGUUGUAGUAUGACAAUGCAGCUCUAUGUAUUGUCAGAAUUUAUCUUCCAUUAUGUUUGGAUCUAAGAUGACAGUAGCACAUCAAAGACUAAUUUUGUAAUUUUGAAAUUUUAAGCUGUGGCUAUGUUGACAUUAUUUGUGAGUAUUUAUCAAUUAAGAAGGUUAUACUUUUAAACAUAAUGAUGAUCAGCUCUUUAGUAUUUAUAUUAGGGUUUUGAAGACAAUUUUACAUCGUAAAUUACAACAGUAUUUUUUUGCAAGUUUUAAAAUUAUGUAUGAACAUGCCCAUUUUGUUUUUCUGAGUUGUUGAGCCGCAGAAGCAGGAUGUCCAGUCAAUUUCAUUGAUAAAUUUAUCUGUGUUAAUGAAAUUUUACUGAUUUUGUCUUGCUGUCUACCUGUAAGAGCAUGUGUCCCUGCCCUGUAAUUAAUUUCUUAUUGUCAAACCAUUAUUAGUUAUUUGACUUUCUGUUCUCAAUGCAUUUCCAGAAUUUGCAAUUACUGUUUUAUGAUGGAUGUGAAAAAGUGUGCCACUCUUUGGAUAGAAAGUUCAAUGAAGUGCUGCUUCAGUACAAAUUUUUGCUUAGGCUGUACAGAAUCCUUGCUGUGCUACUGCAGGUGUGAGCCUUGACAGCUAGAAUAGAAUACUCAUCAUGUUUAAAUUUCAGUGGUGGGCAACCAAACACUGUUUGGUUGAAUGGAAAUGUUACACAUGGUAUUUUUCUGCCGUGCAUAUUGAAAUUUCUGCUAGAGUAAGACAUAAUCCCAUAUGUGAUUUGUACCUGUUGAUUUGUGGCUUCCCCUCAUUACAACGUUUCUUGUGGUUUUUUAGGCAUGAAAUAUCUCUUUUGAAGUUUAAAUUAGGAGCAUAAUAACUGUGGUGGUUUCUUCCUUGAGUUGCGAAUAUUUGUACAAUGAAACCCCAUUACAAUUUGAGGAUUGCAGGCCCAGGGUCAAUGGUAUACUUAUUAAUUAUUCCAAUAAAAUGUCAACUACAGUAAUGAGGCUGCAGUCCGAACAGAUUGAUGCAUAUUCAUUGUAAUGGGGUUUUACUGUAUACUGUGUCAGAUUUUUUUUUUUUUUUGUAUUUAUGUUUGUAUAUAUAUAUAAAACUAUACACUGAUAUAUAUGCGUGGAUGUUGAUAGUCUUCUAUUGAGUGAAGUGAUCAUCUGUUAUCACAACUCCCACAGUGCUCCAUACCGAAUUCCAAGUGAUAGUAGUGAAAAUUUGUCUGAGGGUAGUUGUUGCUGUGCCCUCUCUAUGUGUGUAUCAUGUAUUUUAUUGUGAUGUGUGUAGUUUUGUUUGUAUAUUUCAGGUUUUUGACCAAUCACUAUUUUAUGAUUAUUUUCCCCUCCUUUUCAUCUUUUAUUCUGAGUCAGUCCAUAGUAGAUGUAAUAAUAUUGUAAAGACUAUGUAAUAACAGUAGUGUAAAUGGUAGGGCAGUUACCAUUUUUUAAAAAAUAGGUUUGUGAAGUGUCAGAUAAGAUCAGUAGAAAAGAACUAAAACAACAAACAUUGUUUUAAUUUCAUGCAAUUGGCUCUGUUUUAAUUAUUUUAAUCUUUCACAGCUACCAAUGUUCCAACAAGAGAUAAACCUGUUCGAUUGGACUUUUUUUACAUUUCCUGCUUUGUUUUAUAAUUGGGAGUUAAAUUAAGUUAAUGGGUAAUCUCUGACGCCAACCCUCCUCCUAUUUUAAGAUUUUUUUUAUUUUAUUCCUGUUGUUUGUUUUAGUUUCUGCUUUCACAAGUGUAAAUUAAUUCUAAAAGUCAGCAUGCAUGUUUAAGUGCUUCAGAAUGGUCCCACAAGACUUGUCUAUGUAUGUGGAAUGGAUUGAGGAAUUGCUUUCUUGAAAGACUAGUUUGAAGGGUCUGCUUUUUUGCCUUUCAAUAUGAAAUGUGAAAUGUGUUUUGAGCAUGGCCGUACUCUUGCUAAAUCUAUUAGUGCAUCUUGUCAUUUCACCUCACCAUUGAAAUACUGGUGGGGUUGCUUAGGAUGCUUUGACGCCUGAUACUUGCUCAUUGUGAUGCUUUAGAUGUUAAGGUGGGUUUUAUAUUCUCUAGAGACUGCAAAUGUAAAUGAUUUUACUGGUAAACCUAACAGCAUUGUAUUUGUGUGCUAGCCUUGUGGUGAACAGUUUUUUGCUCUGGAUGUAAUGGCCUACAAAAAAAGUCAUGGUUUCCCGUUUUGUGUAUAAGUUAUUUUGUGUUCCAUCUAAGCUUGUUUUGAAGAUCGAUGCUGUUAUGGACUAUCUGUCUGCAUGUUGUAGGACUUGAAAGAAGUAAUAAUAAUAACAAAGUAAGGCAUCGCAGUUUAGCUUGGACAAAAUUGUUAUUUCGCUUAGGUGAGCCUAGAUUUGUUGAUGGUUACUGUCUUUUUCUGUUCGGACUCGUUAAGCACCAGCUUCUUUGCCAGAAUUUUAAUAUGAGAUCUGGCCAAUUUCUUCACACACCCCUGAAGUUUUCAUGGCCAAAUGGAACAAACUUGAGCAGACUAAUCCGUAACUUCUUUCGAUGGCGCUCAGGAACUACUUGAACUGUUAUAAAUUGCCUAUGGUUUCUUAGGAUUGCAUUGUGUUUUGUAUUUUGUGUAUUUAAUUAAUGCAGCAAUAUACGUCUUGUCUAUUUACCUAAGUUGUUUUCAUGUUUAAAUUUCUCUGGUUAUUGGUUGUAAUAUGUACAUUCUUGUAUGAGGAGUAGUGUUUAUAUGAUGUUUAUAGUCAAUGCCAAAGUCCAGUUUUGUAUUGCAAAUCCAUUUAUGAAUAGCACAAUUUUAAUGGUUAUGAAACGUUGCAUUUAAAUAUGCUUUUGUGUUAUAGAAUUGGUUGUAUGUCAGAGUAUGGAAGAUGCUCCUGUGUUUUCAGGUCUAUCUUCAAUUAGUUUAUAUAUUAAUCCACAGAAGAUAAUCAUGUGGAAAAAUAUUGAUUUAGGACACAAAUAGUUAUUACUGAUUCUCAUUCAAAGAAGAAUGCUUGUCCGUUCAUUAUGUAAGUUUUGUCAUUAUUCGUGUUCAACUUUAGUCUUAUGUUACAGUCUCAUCUGUGACACCAUCCAGUUAAGAAAGCAGAUGUAAUAAAUUGUGAAUUCAUUUAUUAUUUCCUCUCCUCAGAAUGGAAUGGAAUAGGAAAAAAUAAUGCAUAGGGAGUGUUUGGCUAGGUCAUAUUUACUGCCAAGGUCACUAUAUGUACGCACUGUAUUCAGUUGAACUACAUUAAGAUUUUUCGAUAAUGACUUAUUUUACAGGAUGAGAUUUCUGUAUUGCAGCGUUGUGUAUUAUGGUCAAUUCAGCUUUGUGAUAAAGGUUUCUUUCAUUUAUUUCUUGCAAUUGCUGUACAUAUCAUGAAAUCUCUUUGAUUGUCAAAAAUUAUCAUCAUCGUUGUUAGGUGCUAAAGUUUCACUAGCCCUAACAAAGCAACUUCCAUCAGCUUAUCAAUAAAUUAUUUUCUCAUAAACUCGA